UUUACAUCCGUGACAGGUGGCGAAUUGUUAUCGUGAGAUAGAAGUGAUGUGUAUGAAACUGCCCCGCGAUGGUGACGAAGUGGAGUAAACUAGCCGGUGUUGGCAUUUUCUUAACAUGGAUGUGUACACUAACAGUCGCUGCUGGCAAAAUGUAUCCCUUGGAUGGGAAAUGGACGUUUGUCUGCCCACAAAUCUAUCUGGCUGUCUUCACUGGCUUUGCUCCAAAAGGCAAUCAAACAGCUGGCACAUAUACGAAGCAAGAAGACAUUCACUCUCUUGACUCCUGUCUAGUUGCCUGCUGUAAUUCUGACACAUGUAAUGUUGUCUUUAUGCACAAUGCAGAGUGUUUUCAUAUUGAGUGUGUGAGCAAUCAGAUGUGUGCUCCAUUGUUCCGUCCUGAGCCACAGUUUGGAAGCCAUGUUCGCAUGGUACUUGUUCAGCCAGUGUCAUCUGAUACCUGGAGUGACAUUGAUGUUUUUCAGAAUGAUAUAGACAUGGAAGCUGCAGAAACACGGUAUGCGGAGCCCGUAGAGCGUAAUUGUGAAGUGGGCAUUAUAUUGGAUUGUCCAGUUAAUGAAGAAUGUUUGCCAGUUGGGAAACAUUCCCGCAAUGGCAUGUGUCAGUGCAUUGAAGGCUUCAGACGAAAUGAGUCAGGUCUUUGUGAACAGUAUGGGAAACCCAAGAUUAACAAUACUGCUGUUGUAAAUGAUCUGGAGCAGGUGGCUACUUCUGUCUCUGUUCAUCCUACAAAGGUGUAUUCAGAAGGGUUAAGUGGCGUGGAUGAUAAAACUGUAUCACCCUCCGUCGAAGUAUCUUCACCCAAGCCACUGAAACAACUUGUUGUCUCUGUAAUAUCGAAGGAAGUACGGUUACCAGAAAAUGAAGUUACAUUAUCAGCUUAUACAGUUCCUGCUGAACAGACAGGAGAACACUACAAAUAUGAAUGGACCCUCCUUUCUCAGCCAGAGGGUGACAGUAGUGGUACAAUGAAUGAUCAGAAUGGAGGGACACUCAAGUUGAGCCAUCUCACUGAGGGGCUGUACAGGUUCAAAGUCAGUGUGUCUUCACCUACAGCCUAUGGCGAGACAUUUGCGAAUGUCAGUGUAUUACCUCCAAAACGAAUAAAUCAACCUCCUGCUGCAGUAAUUACUCCUCCAUCCCAGACUGUGAAGUUGCCUAACACAGGUGCAGUGUUGGAUGGUUCAAUGAGCAAGGAUGAUGACCAGAUCAUUGGCUGGCACUGGGAACUGCAGCAAGGCCCAAUUGGCUACCAGCCGCACCUUGUGGACACACCUACGCUACAACUGGAUAAUCUUGUUCUUCCAGGAAACUACACAUUUAAGUUGACUGUUGAGGACUCUGACCAUGCAAUGAAUUCAACCACAGCAAAUAUAACAGUUUUGAAAGUAACUGAUUAUCCACCAGAGGCAAAUGCUGGUCAGGAUAUAAUAAUCUAUCUCCCACAUAACAACCUCACUUUGAAUGGGAACCUGAGUACUGAUGACCGUGGGAUUGCAAGUUGGGAGUGGACAAAGAGUCCCACCGAUCAAAAUAAGGCUGUCGAUAUGCAGAACACAAGAACACCUUACCUGCAGCUCUCAAACUUAGAAGAAGGAAUGUAUACAUUUGUGCUAAAAGUUACUGACAACUCUGGUCAGUCAUCGUCAGCUGAGGUACAUGUCUUUGUGAAGCCUCCAACCAAUAAACCACCCACAGCAAAUGCUGGUUCUGAUCAGGUGGUUUCUUUACCUCAGACUUGGGUUACACUAGAUGGAACACAGAGUAACGAUGAUAUUAAAAUUGUAUCCUGGUCAUGGGAGCAAAUUCGGGGUCCAUCAAAGGCAUUGUUCUCAUCACAGAAUUCUUCAUGCACUAAUGCUACUGAGCUUACAAAAGGGGAAUAUGAAUUUCAGCUAACUGUUACUGAUGAAAAUGGCAAUAAAGCCUUGGACUCUGUACAAGUCACUGUAACACAGAAUAAAAAUGCUUCUCCAAAAGCUAAUGGUGGAGGAGACCAAACUGUUAUUCUACCUGUAAGUGUGGUUAUUGUGAAUGGUUCACAGUCAAGUGAUGAUCUUGGAAUUGUGAAAUGGCUUUGGACUAGAGAAGACAGUAGCUUAGCCUUAGGCAAAGUCCUUGGAGACUCGGACAAACAUCCAGUUCUUAUGUUGAUUGAUGUUGUUCCUGGACGGUACGUCUUCCGGUUGAAGGUUGAAGAUGAGCAAGGUGCUUCUGAUGAGGACACUGUAUCGAUCAUUGUGAAAGCAGAUCCUCACUUGUUGCACCUGGUAGAACUAACACUCAAUGUUGAGGGCAGAAGAUUGACAGUAGCACAGCAGGUCGCAUUAGAGCGGAAGCUCAGUUUGCUCUUACAUCAAGAGGCAGUUAUUCACGUACGCGAGCUGCGUGAAGAGGACCACACAGGUCGAGCAGUGAUCACUUUUUAUGUAGAAGAACAUGGGGCUGCUGUUGAAGGGCCUUCUGUUGUCCAAAGAUUGCGUACUCGCUUGCGCCAAGAUGCAGGUCUUCUAGAGCUCUCUGUUGCUGACAUCCGGACUGCUGUGUGUCAGAAUAACUGUUCAGGACAUGGAGUUUGUGACCAGACUACUAGACAAUGUCUUUGUGAGGCUUUCUGGAUGCAGAAUCUAAUUAGCCGAUACAUAGGUGAUGGUGAAGCAAACUGCGAUUGGAGUAUCUUGUACGUGGUGAUAGUGUUGUUUGUGGCAAUGCUAUUGAUUGUGGGUGGCGGCUGGGCCCUGUCAUGCCUGUUCCAGAAAGUUUGUGUUCGACGUCCACGUAAAAGGCAGAAGUACUCUCUCCUGGGCAGCGAUGGAGAAGGUGAUGCCAUGAUCCCAAGGGCUCCUCAUGGGAAGGUCAUGCUGUCAGAAUCAGACUCUGAUUCUGAUGUUCUCUUUGAGAGCCGCAAAUGCAAAAUGAAUGGAGAUUUGAGAAAUGGUCAUGGAAAGAUUCGAAAUGGUUUUAUAAAAGGAGGCCAUCGUGUGAAAACAUGAAAAACAUUCCACUGCAGAUGCAUGGUAUUAUGAAAUGUGUUGACAUUCCUGUAUGAGGCUGCAUUUUAUUACGCAGAUUUCUUCGAAUAAGUAAAUGUUGGCUAUGAAGCAACCCUGAAUUCUGAUUGAUGGCUGGUUAAAUCUACAAAUCUACAAAAACUUCAGUGACAAUGUCUUGUUUGUAAUUAUUAUUACUUUGCUUAUCGCAAACAAUUUUCACCUCUGGGUGAAAAUGCAUAUUCUUAAGUACAUGGACAAUGUUUGAAUGCAAGCUAUGAAAAAGCAUUUUCUGUUCUUCAUUAUUGAAAGUAAGUUUUUAUUUUAUUGCAGAACAAAUUAUGGCAUUACAAUUGUACAUAAUGUAGUGCAUGUUUUUUCAUAAUUUUUUGGCAGACCCAAAAGCAGCUAAGGGAGGCAGAAUGUAAAAAUUACCUCUUCAUGUAAUUUACUGAUAAAAUAUGAUUUUUGACCUGACAACUGUUAUAAAUAAGUCAGUAUACUGAGAACUUGCUAAUUGUGGGAAGGGAGUGUAUGGUAAUGUAAUUUGCCUUACUUUGUUGUAAGUAAUAUGAUCCAAUAUGAACAGUAAUGUUCAAUGUUAUUUUUUUCAAAAUGUGGCCAUUGUUUGUUAGAAGAAUUAAUUUUUCUAGUUGUGUGUCUGUAUGUAUUCCAAACUAUUUUGUUUUUGUUACACAGUUGUAAAAUGAAGACUAACUGUUUUAAGAAAUGGGAGAAAAUGUAUACUGCAAUAUAACAUUUAAGUGUGAUUUUGUAGUCCAAGAAGAAGCUAAUGUGUUCUAUAUUGCUUAUAAGUGUAUGUUGUUGUGCCAUAUUAUGGUAUGAGCGAACAUUUAAAUUCGUUGUGAUAUGAUAUGUGAUACACCUUACAACCCUGUCAUUGUGGUAGCCAAACCUAGAAUUUUAUUAUAUUUUCAUUCACAAGUUAUCUUAAUAAGAAAUUGUGUGUGGCAUUCCUUUUGGCUGAUGUUUGAAGAUUACUAGUUCAGAAAAACAGGAGAGCAUUCACCAGAUACACAUUUUGAAAACAAAUCAUUUGCUUAAUUCAUAGGUUUGCACAGAAGAGCCACACAAAAAUCAAGAAGCAUUAUUUUUUUUAUUUUCUUUCACUGUUAAUUUAUGACUUGUGAAAAAUAUUGCUUCAUCUUCAGCUGUGUAACAAACAAAUCAGACACACAGGUUUGGUGCUGCCUUUUCUUAAAACAAAGUUCUGCAUGUAGUACAAUGGCAUAAAUUGUGCUACAGAGAGCAUGUAUAUUUAGAUUAAUAUUUGAUGUAACACACCCAACUGUGAUGAUCUUUGUUUAUUAUGUUAAUAGCUAUUACUACGCACACUAAAAAAUAUUAUUUCAUAUGUCAAUUUUUUUUUUUUUUUUUUUUUU